GGUAAAAGCCCCGCGGAGAGGCCGGCAGAGAGAGAGCAUUCCCGGAUCUGCACCAUGUCUCUGUACCGAAACUCCGCCUGGUUCGUGAAGGGGCUCACCGAGUUCACCAGGAGCGCCUUCCUGUCGGCCUCCAAGAGCUUCGUGGAGAAGGACCUGGAGGCGUCUUUAGCCGGACGUUCCUUCAUGAUAACGGGAGCUAACAGCGGCAUCGGGAAAGCCACCGCCAUGAACAUCGCUAAGAAAGGAGGAACGAUCCACAUGGUCUGCAGGAACAAGGACAAGGCCGAAGAGGCGAGGGCCGAAAUCGUCAAAGAGACGGGAAAUAAAGAGGUGUUCGUCCACAUCCUGGACCUUUCUGAGACUAAGAAGGUCUGGGAGUUUGCCGAGGGGUUCAAGAGAAAAUACAAGACCCUCAACGUACUGAUUAAUAACGCAGGCGCCAUCCUGAGUGAGAGGGAGGUGAACACCGAGGGUCUGGAGAAGAGUUUCGCCACCAAUGUCCUCGGGGUUUACAUUCUCACCAAGAGUCUGAUUCCUCUCCUGGAGAAGAGCCCAGACCCCAGAGUGGUGAGUCUGAGAGACGCCUCACUGAAGUUGUGGACGCUUGUUGUUUCUAAUCUUUUAAACAGCUCAGAGAUUCUACAUUUUGAGCCUCUGGUGGUACAACAUAUCCUUCCAAAUAUACUAAUAUGUACUUUAAAGAGUCCUCUCCUGCUGAUG